CCCCACCGCCCCCAUGGACAGCAGUGGGGGCAGCAGCGGCCGCGCGUAGCUCGGAAGGUAUGCCCCAAACGCUGAGUUCUACCAGUAUGUUUACCCCAUGUAGCUUCAGCCCUCAUCUACAUACUUCUAAAGAAGAUGAACAAGGAGGGCUUAUCUUCCAGGAUGGAAACCUUACCUCAGCAUCUCUGGAUGCUCUAAUCCAGCAUCUCAUCCCUACCACUGAUUACUACCCUGAGAAAGCCUAUAUCUUUACAUUCCUGCUGAGUUCCAGACUCUUCAUUGAACCCCACGAGCUUUUGUCCCGAGUUUGUCACAAGUGCAUUGAGCAGCAGCGGCUGGACGACCCUGUGCUGGACAAGGCACGGAUCAGAAAAUUUGGACCCAAAAUCUUGCAGUUGCUGACGGAGUGGACGGAAACAUUCCCGUAUGACUUUCAGGAAGAGCGGAUGAUCGGCCACCUGAAAGACAUGAUUCACAGGAUAGCCCCAUGUGAUGAGGCCUACUGGAAAAAGAUGAAUCAGCUUUUACAGACCCUGAAUCAGAAGCUUGCCACCCUCAGCCAUGGGCAAGAAGGGAUUGUCAAGAUCAAUGCUGCUGUCUCUGAUAAGCUGGUUGCCUUUAAAAGUAAACCUCCAUCAAUUCAGAGAGAAAUCCUAAGCGUCUGCAGUGACCCUUACACUCUGGCUCAGCAGCUGACACAUGUGGAGCUGGAGAGGUUAAGUCACAUCGGACCUGAGGAAUUUGUGCAGGCAUUUGUACACAAGGAUCCUCUGGAUGGCACCAAGCCUUGUUUCAGUGACCAGAAGACCAGUAACCUUGAGGCCUAUGUGAAAUGGUUCAAUAGGCUCUGCUACCUCGUAGCAACAGAAAUUUGCAUGCCUGCAAAAAAGAAACAGCGAGCACAAGUCAUUGAAUUCUUCAUUGAUGUCGCCCGAGAGUGCUUUAACAUAGGGAACUUUAAUUCACUGAUGGCAAUCAUUUCUGGAAUGAACAUGAGUCCUGUUUCUCGGUUGAAGAAGACUUGGUCAAAAGUAAAAACAGCCAAAUUUUUCAUUCUUGAACACCAGAUGGACCCCACUGGUAACUUCUAUAACUACAGAACGGCAUUGCGGGGGGCUGCUCACAGGUCCCUCACUGCACACAGCAAUAGGGAGAAGAUUGUGAUCCCUUUCUUCAGCCUAUUGAUCAAAGACAUUUAUUUUUUGAAUGAAGGAUGUGCUAAUCGCCUUCCAAAUGGACACGUCAACUUUGAAAAAUUCCUGGAACUGGCUAAGCAAGUAGGAGAAUUUAUAACAUGGAAGCAAGUGGAAUGUCCCUUUGAACAAGAUGCUAACAUAAUCCACUACCUGCACACUGCUCCCAUUUUUACUGAAGAUGGUUUAUAUCUGGCUUCUUAUGAAAGUGAAAGUCCGGAAAACCAGACAGAAAAAGACAGAUGGAAAUCCUUAAGAUCCACUAUUUUAGGAAAGACUUGAAGAUAAAGAGAUCACUGCAGUAGGUCAAAGAAAAGAAAUCCGCAAACAUUUUGCACUACUGAUUCCAAAGAUGCCUGUUUGGGAUUUAGACAAAUUCUUUUUUUGGGUUUUUUGUUAGCCUUUUUGUUUUUCUUUUUUUUUUUUCUUUUUUUUUUUUUUGACUGCCUAACGUGAUGGAUGAACUGGAUUCAUCCACUGAAAUCAACAGAACUGUGCACAAGGACGCUUUUCUAACUCUGAGACAGAGAGGAAGGACAAACAGAUUAUUUGUGGCUGAGCCCAAACUGCGUCAGGAUCACUGUAACUUUUGCCUCUGAAGGAAAAUAGAAGAAAAUCAGGAGCAUGGAGAACCAUGGUACUGCAAAGGGAAAAAAAUAUAUAUAUAGACAUAAAUAUUUCAGAAGCAGGUGCUUCAGACAGCAGCUCUUUAAACCCUCUGAGGAUUAUAAAAUCAAAUCAGACACUGCAGCAAUCUGGUUAAUUGCUGAAUGAAGAAAGAACUACUUAAUCUAACAUUAGCAGUCCCCCAGCCUUGUUGAACAAAGCACUGACUGCAACAGGUAUGAGCUUCCAGCGGAUGAAAAUGACAUCAGUCGCUCAUAGAUACCCAUGUAUGUCACAUACAGAUCACAUCAGCAUGGGAGAGCUGUGCAAAUCCCAUGAAUUUUUACAGAGAACAAUCUGAAGUAUGACUAUUGCUUAGUUACUAUUCCUGCCUCUGCUGUUGUUUUUCUUACUGUGAAUGUUGGCAGAUCUGAGGAGGUUGUAUGUGAUAGUCCUUAAGGACCCCCUACACCCAACAUCUAAAGCUGAACUGAAGAAGAUGGACUCAGUUUACCUCUAUUUAAUGUGUGUAGCCUAUUCCAUAAUUUCGUUCCUGCUGAGGUGCAUCCUUUAGAGGGCUUUAUCACGCUUAAAGAAAAAGGAUACGGCAUUAUUGUACAGUAUUAUACAGUACUGUUUAUUUUGCAAUUUGAUACUAAGAGGAAGGAAGAAAUAAUUGCUCUGUAAGAGAGAGGGUAAUUUCUUUAAAAAGACAAAGGGUUUCAGGCUAGAAUGAAUGCACUCAAGUGCAAAAUCUGUCAUUCGUUAGCAGAUAACCAUUUUCUUCCUCUUUAGUUUUUAGGUUCUAAACAGUAUCUACCACUUCCUUACAGGUAAUAGCAAGCAGGGACUACGUCUUCUUUUUAAAUUUGUAUAGUGAUCAUGGUGCUACUUUAACAUAUAUAAUAUGUGAUAAUGAACUAUGUGGAUGUUAGAGUCAAAAGCCAGAAGAGUUUGUGUGUGGAAGGACUGUAUGUAUGUGGAAGGGCUGUUCCCACUUGCCCCCCAGAAAACCUCAAAAAGCUUAACUGAAACCUAAUGCCCUAUGAUACUUUGCUUUAUUACUGACUUGAUGCUGACCUUUCAGAUGUUCCACUCUGUCUACAAUAGCAGGACAUAAAGCUUUCUUUGAAAUCAUUAACUGCUUUAUUUCAAUUUAGAGUGAUUCGAAAUGGCCAUAGGAUUUGGAAAACUGAAGCUAAUCAUAAAAGCUGGCUGUACUGGCCUGUGCUUUUAGACAGAAAGCUGAAACUGCUCCUGUCUACUGCCAGACCUCACAAAGGUUGUCCAUGCCUGAGUGAGGUGUUGAAAUACGAGGCGUUGGUGAGGCAGUAGUUGAGAGCAGCCCAGGCAGCUGAGCUGACCUCGAGAACAGUGGCCUGAGACAUGUUCUGUGUCAUAUGCUAACGCUUGGUAUCUCCGGUGCAGUUCUUAGGUUGGGUUUUGAUCUGUGGAAACCUGUGCAAUCUGGAUCAUGGCCACGUGGCAUCCACUCUUGCAGCUGGCUGAGCUGUCCAGGACAGCUUCUUCUAGAUGUGCGUUCACAGGGAUGUGAUGGAGAGCGCUGAUUCUCCUCUUCAUUUAUCUACCAGCACACAAGUUCAAGCAGGGGGAACAUAAAAAUGUCAUGUCUGUUCUCGGGCUCUGUAUGGAAGAACUAAGUGUGAGGAUGGGAUGGCAUCCUUCCAGCCAGGGAGCAAUUCUUCCGGUGAUACUGUUGAUAUACUGUUUGUUAAUUUUUGUCCAUGAGCUGAGAGCUAUACAGGGAAACAUACACACACAGCCAUUGCUUCCAGCAGAACCAUUUCCAAAAUGAUGCCAUUAAAAAAUUAAUUCCAACCAAAUCCAGAGCAAUAACCAUAAACAUAUCCAUAAACAAUGGCAAUGCUUACAUGUGUUUGCUAAAUGGGUUUUUGUUGUUGUUGUUGUUUUUUGUAAUGUCUGCAUUGCACGUGCACAGCAUGACUUCAUGGCAGAGUGGGUUUUUUAGUUGUCUGAAACCCACUGUGGGUGGAUGGGCCCUUCCCUAAAACUGCUUUUUAAAGUGCAAAUGAUCAUUUUCCAAUGAUCAAUAGAGGCCGGUACAGCUGAGAUGAUAACACCCAAAGAUGAAUCGAAUUUCCAUUUCUCGUGAUAUUUUACAGCCUCGGGUACCUUCCAUGAAUUCAGGCAAUUUUGUGAGUUAAAAUUUGGACUCAUAGCAUUUAUCACUGCUGCAAACUGAAUUACAUUCACGGUCCAAAAUUUUCAAUCCCCAAUACUUAAAAUGGAAGCAUUGAAGUUAGAUUUAGGAAGGUAUUAAGGGCUUAGUGGGACUUUCAGAAGCACCAGAUCAUCCUUAAGCCUUUGUAUAAAUCCCACAUUUAAAAGGGGUUUUUUUUGAAGGUGCUAAACAUCCUCAUCUCUUGGCGGAUACUAAAGCAAUUAAUGCUUCACAGAGGUGCAUGGCAUAUUGAUGCCAGUACACAGAACAGUGUAUGAUCUCCAGAAAUGCUGCUUGCACCUUGCAAAAUAACUGUAAGGCAUGUAGUCAUUGGACUAACAUGAAGACAAGUUGCAGUUAGUUAUGCCAUGGCUUUCCACCACUAUUUUUUGGUGAAUUUGCCUCCCUGAUAACUGCAUGAGCUAAUGCAGCAGAGAACAGAGCAAAACUAGAGCUGGGACUUUCAGAAGCCCCAGAUCAUCCUAGGGUGUUAACACAGUAAGCCAGUGAGAUGAUACAGUCUUUCAGAAGCAUUAACUUAGCUUCUGCCUAUACAGCAAUAUUUGAAAAGACCUAAAUAUAUUAAAUCAUUUCUGCACCUCCUCUUGUGUAAUCAGAGUGCAGCACAAGUCCUGUAUUUCAUUUUUUGAGAGUGCCAUUCUGCAACAUAGGGCUAGAUCCAAAGCUCAUCAAAAUACGAGUUGUGUGCCUUCAGCUUGUGUUGAAGUCAGCGGAGGAACUUGCUCAGUGCCUUCCAAAAGACAGUUAAUCGUUCAGACUCGCUCUCAAUUUCACGUCAGCAUCAAUCGCAUCACCUCAUUAAAGGUGGAUAGAUAAUUAAACAUAGAUCUCCUGGCCAUGACUGAAUUUGGAAGGUAGAGAACUUGUGGAGUCUCACCCAGAAGAACCCCACGCAGCAGGGUGCACUUGCACAAUACAUCCUUAUCCCUCUGCUAGGCAGGUGGCAGUCCUGCUGUACGACUGCUGGGAGCUCCCCACACAGAUAGAGGACAUGCAGGUCUGGAAUCAAACCGUGAUCUCAGCAGUGCUGGGAUCAACACAGUGCAGACACGGCUGCUAAGGCACUUCGAAUUAGUUCAAGCAUAGAGAUGUUUUCUUUAGCUUGGGAAUAUGUUAUGAUGGGGUCAGUAUUGAUAAGAUAAUCACCUGCUUACAAUUAAGCCAGCCCAUUACUGAUACCUUGGUCAGUUUGUCAUGUUUUAUUGCAAUAGUUUAUGCACCUUUUCUUAAAGCACACAAGCACUGGUUUGCAUGAUGGUAAAUCCAGCUUAGAACACCAUUCAGAUUACUGAAUAUAUAAUUGAAGUUAUCAAAAAGAAAAGAUACUGGAGUUAUCAGUAGAAAAGAUACUGUUUUGCUUACAGUAUCUGGCCUAAUAAUGACAGUGUUUUAUAGAGACCUAACUCAAGCUCAGUGUUGUGCCUGGGGAAAAACUCCAAUUGAUUUUGAUGGGUUUUGGAGCAGUACUGUAACUGUAGCACUGCUCCAGGGUUAUUCAUAGGAAUUAAAUUACAUUGGCAACUUGAAUAGUCCUUGGCCUUUUGUUAGGGCCAGUUCCGACUCCCAGAUGGGCAGGUGCACUUAAUAGGGUGAAAAUCCAGCCUUGGCAAAUGUAUUCUCUGACGUUGCUGACGUUUCAGAAGCAAAUUCAAGGAAUUUGAUCCAGAGAAUUAAUUCACAUCUGAGAGCAGAAUUUGGCCUUCUGGUUUUGAAUCCUUUUUUCUUUUUAAAGCAGUAGUAAUCAGCCUUACUGUCUCAGGAGUGUCUUUGAUCGGAAAUUAAAACCCCUUUGAUUGUAAACUGAGUAUUUCCAUUGUUGCGCCUGCAGAAUAGGGUUAGGAAGAGGUGAGGAAGCAAGGCAACGCUCCUUGCUCCCUUCUCAAAAGGCUCAACUGUGGGCCAAAAACAUUCCUUUCUUUUUUGUUAAUGUUAUCUGUUAAAUGAGAUUACCUCAGUAUUUGGUGCAGGGAAUUACUGAAUUGUGUCUGGGGAACAGCAUCGACAUACCUGGUAUCCAUACAGCAGUGCAUACUCUGAUGGGGUGCAGCAGUGAUAGAUGGUCCAGUACAACCUGUCAUGCAAAUUCCUGUCCAAGCCCUGAGGUUUGUGAAGCUGGGAUACAAUGCUUUGGAAAGGUAGGACAUGAUUGGAAAUUCACCCGAGGCAAAAUGUAUUUCAUCCUCCAUCCAACAGAAUAAUUACAAGAAAAUUCUUGGAACUAAAAGUUCCUCUAGAGGGCCGGAAAACAGUGGAGAAUUUGUUACUUCAUUGACAGAGAUUUUAAGAUCCAAGCAGCAUGAUAAAAUAAGUACUAAAAAAUUGUAACACCUUGAUGGUUGUUAACUUUUGUAUUUCACAGCAUGGCAGCAGAGUGGAAAAAGAUAACUGUGCAUGUGCUAUUCCUAUUAACAUCAAUGGCAGCUGGGCAGGCCAAGGCAGGAGAGAAUACAGUGACAUGCAGUGAUGCGUGCACCAAGCUGUACCAGUACUUUAACACUGGGCAUGUUGGAAAGGAAGCACGCUGCCUUGGGGAGUCCCUUUCUUUAUAAUCAACAUUAGCUGCUCUGUAGUCCCUGAGCUGAGCAGGGAUGGCAACAAACAAGUUCCUUUUUUUUUUUUCAGUGGAACAGAUCUGGAGGCAGACCUGUUUUGUAUUUAUUUCUUCUACAGUUCUUUUUGCAUAUUUUCAGAUAUGCAAAAAAUAUCAGCUACAUUGUCAGUGCGCACAGAAGGCAUCACAUUCUGCAUUUGUAUACUAUGCAAGAUAUAUAUUAGAAGUUAAUAGCUUGUACGGGUGGCAUUUCAUACCCUCUGCAGAGGUGCAAGACACUGAAACUCAGGCUAUAACCUCGGUUACAGAACAAAGCUAGCUAUGGAUAACUUGUCUAGAUCCCUUGCCUUGCACUGUGGCCAAACUCAGACUGUAAUGCUGUACAUUCGGAGUGGCUUGGACUGCCAUCUCUCCCCUUGAUGCCUUUCCCUCCACAGAAUUGGCAUUUUGCUCUAUAAACAGCUCUUGCAAAAUGCCACGGGAGUAUUUUUCAGGUUCUCUGCCAUACAGGGGCUCUGCACUCAUAUACCAGAGCUGUCACUUUAGGAGUCCCUUCUCCCUUCCUUCCUGGCACCAGAAGUACCAGCCCAGACUAAAACUGCAGUGCAGCAUUGCUCCCAGGCCUUCCUGAAUGCAGAAGACUUCAAGUUCAGGACUCGCUUGUUCUGUAAGUUAAAUACCUGUACAGUAAACUUCAUUCUGAAAUGUGCACAGCCUAUUUAAUGGACCUGUGACCAGAAAAUCCCAGAACCCAGCUACCUUUUAGAGAAAUGCAACUUCCUCAGUGAGCUGUGACUGGUCAGUAUUGCAUCAUUGCUUUCAUUAUUUAAUUAAGCUUCUACAAUCCCCAUAUUUGGGGGACAGCUAAGUGUGUGAUAGUUUCCUGAUGUUUGGCAUAUGAGUACACAGAAUCGAGAAAAUGGGGGCUAUCAUCUAGACAGCUGACACGAGAUGUAUUUUCAUAACAGCCCAAGCUGGGUUACUGCUUAUAGUAUGUCCUCACCUUGAAGAAGAAGGAAUUGUUCCAGUAAAAUCCUCCUAACUCUUAAAGCUUUGUGAAAGAUACAAGCACACAGCUAUUAGACAUGUUUCAAGAUAUGAUUCUUACCAACAGGCAAGUACUUCCCUUAGGAGCCAGCCUGUAAAAUGAAAUAAAACUGCCAGUACACAACACAGAUGAAAAAUAAAUUGGCUUCUGGGUUCCAGAACUCUUCACUUUUAGCAAGUAUUCAUCAGUAUACGAAGGUAAGAAAUCAGAAUCACAGAAUCACAAAUCAGAUUUUAGUUUUGGAUUUUUUAGCAAGCUCUGUGAAAUGUGACAAUACCAGCUAUCUUAAGCCUAUACCCUAAGAGCAUAUUACUCCAAAACAUUUAUUCACAGUCUUAAAAAUGAGUAAACAGAACUGUCCUUAUGUUCAGACUGAGAAAUUAAAAGAUGUGUGUCUGGUCACCUGGAAAACAUGUGCAUUCAAAAAUGUACCCCAAACUGUUUGCAACUUCUAUGUUUCAUCUAUUAUUGUAAUUCCUUUUUACAACUGUGCUUGGAAAAAAAUGGAAAUAAAUUAGUUUUUAAGGAAGAGUAAGCUAGGAUAAAAGGAAAUAUGGAUUAAAAGACUGGUAGGUACUGACUGUGGGAACAGUAGUAAUGAGGGGCUGUGUUUUUCCCAUAGCUUUUUCUUUAAACUAAGCUAUUUCAUUUUCAGGCUGAACUGAAAUCCCUUUCCCCUCCACAAUACUCAAACCGUGUAGAUUUGUUGGAAGUCCUCACAGCAAUUACCAACACUUUAUCAACUGCGCAGGCAGAAAACAGUAAGGUUACUUGAAAGUGGCUGUUAUGAUUUUGUGACUGUACAUAGAUAUUGCAAAAUGUUAAUGGUAAAAUGCAUACUGUACCCCCAUAAACACUGCAAGAAUAGCAUGGUCAUUGUUAUGCUUUAUAGCUGUUGUGGAAAAUGUCUUAACCCGCAUUCAUGAUUAUAGUGCCAGUCCUACUCCCAUGCCUUUUUAUACAGUUGUGGUAAGAUUGUUAUGAAAUCCUUUUGUCAGUCAUGUUCAAGCUAACUUACCUGUGUAUAGAAUUUAUAUAUUAAAAACCCCUAAUUUAUACUGUGUUUUAACAGUUUGCCUGAACUGUCUAUGGUUUCUAAAUUUUGUAAUGUGAGUGUCAAAUAAGAAGAAUAAAAAAAAAAUUGGCCCA